AUGGGCUUUAUCAACAUCCCCAAAACCCAAACCGUCGCUCUGGUGCGAGAAAUCGGCGGUACCGUCGAAUUCAAAACCGACUACCCCGUCCCAACCCCAGGUCGCAACGAAGUCCUCGCCAAAGUUCUCUACACCGGCGUCUGCCAAAGUGACCUGCACACAAAAUCAGGAACAGCCGCCGGGCCGGAUGGUAUCCCGAUAACAAAGAUCAAGCUACCACACGUCGGCGGGCACGAAGGCAUCGGUAAGAUCGUUUCUUUGGGCCCUGAUAUCCAGCACGCUGCGGGACUCAAGGUUGGCGGGCUAGUUGGGAUUAGGUUCUCAAGUCGGAUCUGUCGCCGGUGUGAGUUUUGUCUUGCGGGGACGGAACAGUAUUGUACGGCGAGUACGAACCAUUUACAUCAUGAGGACGGGAGUUUUCAGGAGUAUAUUGCGCUUGAUGCGGAUUAUCUGACUGUGUUGCCGGAUGAUGUGGAUCCGGUGGUUAUGGGGCCGGUGCUUUGUGCUGGAUUGACGGCUUAUAAGGCGGUCCUGAAUGCGAACGUUCGUCAUGGGAACUGGCUGGUGGUCGUUGGUGCUGGAGGUGGUCUUGGGCAUUUGGCUGUACAAUACGCAAGGGCGCAAGGAGCAUCGGUCAUUGGCGUCGAUACCGGUCCUGGAAGGAAAGAAUUCGUUCACGGGAUCGGGGCACAGCACUUCAUCGACUUCGCUACCGAGGAUCCUGUCAAAAAGGUGCAGGAGAUUACGGGACUUGGAGCGCACGCUGUGGUCGUGACAGCUGGAAAUGCAAAGGCUUUUGCGCAUGUAUGCGAUAUGUUGCGGGUCGGAGGAACGUUGAGCUGCGUGGGCAUUCCUCCUGGACGACCUUGUCUUGAGAUUCCCAUUAGUACCCUUGUCAUCAAGGGUCUUCGGAUCAGAGGCAACCUGGUUGGGUCUCUCAAGGAGUGUAUGGAGGCGGUUGACUUAGUGCGUCGAGGCGUCGUGAAGCCUGUGGUCAAGGUGCGGCCAUUCAGGGAUUUGCCGCAAGUAUAUGAGGAAAUGGAGAAGGGGGAUAUUUCGGGACGAGUGGUCCUUCAAAUUGCAGCAUGA